AUGCUGCCUAUCACCAGUCCGUUCAACCAUCUGAAGUCCAGUCUGCUGGGAUCCACCUCAGACUCUAAUCUGAACAAAUACAGCACCAUCAACAAGAUCCCGCUCAUCACACUCAACUUCUCCGAAUCCAACGAUAAGAAAGCACCUUCCCCUCCGUCCUCGGAGAAAACCAUCAUCGCACCGAAGGUCAAGGACAGAACACACAACGUCACAGAGAAGGUCACACAGGUGUUGUCGCUGGGCGCCGAUGUGCUUCCAGAAUACAUGCUCCAGGCGCCACGCAUGGAUAAGUUCACCAUCCUGCACUACAGCCCGUUCAAAGCGGUGUGGGACUGGCUCAUCCUGCUGCUGGUGAUUUACACCGCCAUCCUCACUCCUUACUCUGCUGCCUUCCUGCUCAACGACAGCGAGGAGCAUAAAAGACGGGAAUGUGGCUAUUCCUGCAGCCCUCUCAACCUCGUGGACUUAAUGGUGGACAUCAUGUUCAUCAUCGACAUCCUCAUAAACUUUCGCACCACUUACGUCAACUUGAACGAGGAGGUGGUGAGCCAUCCGGGGAAGAUCGCCAUCCAUUACUUUAAAGGCUGGUUCCUUAUAGACAUGGUGGCGGCCAUUCCCUUCGACCUGCUCAUAUUUGGAUCAGGAUCAGAUGAUACGACCACUCUGAUUGGCCUGUUGAAGACGGCGCGGCUCCUCCGACUGGUUCGUGUUGCCAGGAAACUAGACCGUUACUCUGAAUAUGGCGCAGCGGUUCUGAUGCUGCUCAUGUGCAUAUUUGCUCUGAUUGCCCAUUGGCUGGCCUGCAUCUGGUACGCCAUUGGAAACGUAGAGAAACCGUACCUGGAGCAUAAGAUCGGCUGGCUCGACAAUCUCGAGGUGUCCCUUGGGAAGAGAUGCAACUCUAGUGAGCACUGCUCUGGGCCAUCCAUAAAGGAUAAAUACGUGACCGCGCUGUACUUCACGUUCAGCUCGCUGACCAGCGUGGGCUUUGGAAACGUGUCGCCGAACACCAACUCGGAGAAGAUCUUCUCCAUCUGCGUCAUGCUCAUCGGAUCUUUGAUGUACGCCAGCAUUUUUGGGAAUGUUUCUGCCAUCAUCCAGAGGCUGUAUUCGGGAACGGCACGGUACCACAUGCAGAUGCUCCGUGUGAAAGAGUUCAUCCGAUUCCACCAGAUCCCAAACCCGCUCAGACAGAGACUGGAGGAGUAUUUCCAGCACUCGUGGACCUACACCAACGGCAUCGACAUGAACAUGGAGGUCUUAAAGGGCUUUCCUGAGUGUUUACAGGCAGAUAUUUGUCUCCAUCUGAACCAAAGUCUCCUUCAGGGAUGCAAGGCUUUCAGAGGUGCAACUCAAGGAUGUCUGCGCGCUCUCGCCAUGCGCUUCAAAACCACCCAUGCUCCUCCUGGAGAUACGCUGGUGCACUGCGGGGACGUCCUCACCGCGCUCUACUUCCUGUCUCGAGGAUCCAUCGAGAUCCUCAAGGAUGACAUAGUGGUGGCCAUUCUGGGUACGAAUGACAUAUUCGGCGAGAUGAUCCACCUGUAUGCGAAGCCCGGGAAGUCCAACGCAGAUGUGCGAGCGCUCAGCUACUGUGACCUGCACACCAUCCAGAGAGAGGAGCUCCUGGAGGUUUUGGACAUGUAUCCAGAGUUCGCUGACUAUUUCCUCACCAAUCUGGAGCUGACCUUUAACCUGCGGGAUGACAGUUCAAAGGCCACUUAUUCACCAGCCAGUGAUUCAGACGGAGAGGAGACCAAGAGCCGAAGGAAGAUCUCCUUUAAACGCAAACCAUCCAAAGGAGGAAGCCUGAAGGAAACAGACAGCGAGUGCAAGAAGGAGCGGCGAGAGUCUCGUCUCAGCUCUAAGAGAAGCUCAGAGGACCGUCACACCUCCAGAGAGGAACAGCAAAGGCUUCUGGGAGCAGGUAUAACAGAGUAUCCAUCAGUACAGAGCUACACCUGCAGUCCUCCUGCUGAAGACAUGGAGAAGACCACAUAUGAUGAGAUGCAGACUGAUGGAUGGGUAGCUGACAGUGUGAAAGCAGACAUGGACACGGCUGCACAGGAGCACGGCGCCGCUCAAGAUGAUGAUCUGGACUGUGACGUCACGUACGGAGAAGUGGAGCAGAGACUAGACCAACUGCAGGAACACCUGAGCAGGUUAGAGUGUCAGAUGACGUCAGACAUCCAGAAUAUCCUGCAGCUGCUGCAGAGACAGACGUGUUUGGGACCCCCGGCCUACAGCAGCCUUAGAGCCGGUCCCGAGGACAAGAGACCAGCCAUCAGAGUGCAGCCCGUGGCUUCUGUUCCCAGCAUCCCACAGCACUGCACAGCACAGAACGCUGACUUUUUGGCCAUGACGAACCCCAAAGACUCUCUAUCAGGUUUGGCCUUUACAGACUCCAACCCAAAGCAGAGCCCCAGGACAUGGUCCCCACAGGCAUCCAGCACCACGUACCGCUUCACAAACAGCCAGACUCUUCCUCUGACGCGCCAGCAGUCCAGAUCCCUGCUCCCAGACACCACAGCCGCUCUGGAGCUGCACAGACCGCCGUCUGAUCCAGCACUGCACUGACCACAACAGCUCUUCCACACCUACAUGGAGGCAUAAAGGAUGUAAUGAAAACAGGCACUGGCCAAAACUUGAGAUUCACUGCUGGCUCUCGCCUGUACAGUACAUUAGCUUCCUUUUCCUGGAAGAUCUGGAACGGAUUCCUGGACCACACUUCCGUUAUCAGGAAGUCAGAGACAUUUCUAGGACACUUUUUUUCACAAUCAUGUGUUCUGCACAGAUUUACACCAGUGUGAGACUCAGGACAUUGAUGGUGGUUAAUAUAUAAUACUGGCAGAAUCUCUUCCGUGAUUUAUCAUUAUCAUUCUAAAUUAUAAUAAUAGCAUUUUACACUUACACUUGCAGAACCCUGUAGAAUAAUAUACUGUACGGUGUGGUCCACUAAUGAAUUUUUAUUUAUUUAUUUUUUGCAUUAUUUUCUAAUAAAGUGUUUUUCACAAAAAUUAAACAGUAUGUUAUACAAAAUAUUUUGAAUAUAUUUUGCAAAUAAAACAUUAUUUCGACAAAAUUUAAAAAAAAUUAAGUUGCAAACUUAAAAAAAAACUGUAGCAAACCAAAAUUAUUUAUAAAAAAUAAUAAACAAGUAUAAAUGUUAUUUUCAAUGUGCUUUGAGUUUUGAACCCCACUAGUAAAAAAUAUUAAAUUUAUUUAGAAUGUAUUUUUUUUAUUUUAUUAAAUGUAUUCAUUUAAUUUUUUAUUAAGAUUGAAUAUUUAUUUGCAUUAUUGCCUAAUUUAGUACAUUUUUAACUAUGAAACAUUGUUACAAAAUAUAUUUGAAUUUGAAAAGUUAAAUUGCAGCUUACACAUAAAGGUGAAUUUUUAUCACAACAUUUAUCAAUUUUGAUGUAAAUUCAUUUUACAUCAUAAAAUUUCAUAUAUAAAUAAUAAAAAAAGUAUAUUCUCUCGGUUUUGGACCUCACUGUAGCAAAAUAUUGUUUUUUUUUAUUCACUUGAAUUUUUUGGAAUCUUACUUAGCUGCCAUGUACAGUACACACAUGAUACCCCUCUAUGAAAUGAAAAGAGAUGCAUGGCUGAAGGUUUUACGCAUUGCAUGUUUACUGCAGCAACAUAUUGGGAAGCAGAUUUACUGUAUGUCGGCAUGUUUCAGAGCUAAUCACUGAAUGCACUCCUCUCUAUUUGACUAGGUUUAUUUGCACAUGGUCAUUUUAGCUUGAACCAAGCUCUGCACGACAUAAAAAAUGACAUUGAGCAGCUUCUUUGCAAGCACUGGCGAACAAGACAGCCAAACGUGUAAUAAUAAUAAUAUGGAAUACAAACAUACAUUUUAUUGCACCAAAUGUGAGGAAUAAUGAAUCAUAGACACUCAAAACUAUAACUCAAAAAGAUGCACAGGAAAUAUCGUAGGGGUGCACAAACUCAACACACGUCCAUUUAUGAUGUCACUGUACGCCACUGUUUGCAAAGCACACCUUAGUCUCAUAUGUAGCUACAGUAUGAAUAUAUAUGCAUACUAAGAUUUUUAUUAAAUUCUCGCUUCAUUCAAAAUCUUCUUACAACAAAAUCACUUUGUUUUCCAAAUAUUUAGCCUAGAGAAGAUUCUGUUGCACAUCCUGCUAGCAAUAAUGAUAAGACACUGGAUCUUUACACUCUUGUUUCUCGUCUAAAGGGUUGAUUUGCUGAUUUGUUUUGAAAAGACUGUAAUAUUUAACAUGAUCUGAGGGGAAAUUUUUGCAUCUGUUUUCUAUUUCUGUAAUAUUAGCUUAUACCUAAAAAUAUAUAUUUAUACCCAGUAACAUACUGGAGUUUUAUUUUAUUUUUAUUUAUUUAUUUUUGUAUGUGCAAUAAACACUUUCGUGAAGUUCUAGAUUUUGCCACUUGAUUUAAAAGUUGCAGCUUUAAUUUGAGCUAUUUUAUUUCUGUAAAAUAAAUUAUGUCACUGUAUUUUGGAUUACAAGCAAGCAAUCUAGUAAAUUGCACAGAAACGUGUAUUAACAAUCAUCACACCAACAACAACAAAAAAAAACUCUAAUCUGCAGAUGAAUGCAUUAAAUCUCAUUGGAAUAUCGUUCGUUUCUGCAUGAAAUGAUGAUAUCUGCACUUUAUUUUAACAUAAAGACUACAUGCCCUUAUAAUAAAUAUCACCAACCUCUGCAUGAAUGUGUGAGUGCAUAUGAGUGCAUGUACGCGCCAUUAUCUUUAAUUUAGUAUUUACAUUUUAUUUAUAUAUGUGGCGUUUUGCUGCAUAACAAUCAUAUUGAAGACAGCCAGAAGCAGAGGUGGAAUUUUGUUUUGUUUUUAGUUUUCGGACAUAUUCAAAAUUGUUAAUAAAUCUGCAAACAUUUGCACGUAACACUUUCACUUUUUAUCCCAGUGUUUCACUUUGACUGACAUGUUUUUAUAGUUUGCACUGUAUGGUUUGUACACCGCAAUACUCUACAGGUGUUUUGAAUGUGUCUUAUUUAAAGAUUGAUUUAUAAUAUACAUAUAUUUGAUGCAUUUAGGCAAUGACUUUUGACUAACUGUACAAACAAAUAUAUAAAUAA